GGGUGACGGUCUCGACCCUUCGAGACCGUCUCGCGGAGACCAAGUUGGAAAAAAAAGGGGAGGGCGAGGAGUCGAAACCAAUUUCGGGCGAGUAAGACGUCGGUAAAGUAGUCGACUCCAAUAAUAAUUUCCAAUUGAAUCGUCUGGAUUUUUUGCAAACCGGCCGGAAAGACGAAAACUAGCAACCUAACCACCGAGAAUUACUUUUUGAAUUUGGUUUCUAACUCCUUGUUGAUAAGACAGUGGUUUAUUUCUUUUUCUAACUUGCCAAACCCUUCUUUGAAAUGGCGUUUAACUUUGGAACCCCAUCAACUGGACAAACCCCAGGCUUCAGUUUUGGAAGCCAGCCCCAGCAAACAACUCCAGCAUUUGGGGCACCUGCUACAACCACUCCUGCCCUAGGAUCAACAUUUGGACAAUCUGCUACGAGUGGCUUUAGUUUUGGACAAACAACCACAGCCCAGCCACCAGCUACGGGGGGUUUGUUUGGUGCCACAAAGCCAGGUCUCUCUUUCGGAACAGGAUCCACCUUUGGGGCCCCAACAACAUCUGCUGCCGCAACACCAGCUUUUGGACAACCUGCAACAUCAACCUUUGGGUUUGGAACAUCUGCAGGAACAACCCCAGCAUUUGGAUUGGGACAGCCUGCAGGUACUACAGCCGCUCCAGCCCCAGCAUUUGGUACUGCUUCAACAGCAACCACCGGUUUUGGUUUUGGUCAGAGUGCUGCAGCUCCUGCAUUUGGAGCUGCACAGCAGCCAGCUACCACCCCUUCAUUCUCAUUCAGCACACAGCCAACAUCCACUUCAGUAGCAUCACCAUUUUCAUUGGGCUCAUCAACAGCUCCCGCGUCGUCUUUUGGGCAAGCGUCGGCUCAACCAGCCUUUGGACAGGCAUCGUCAGCUCAGCCAGCCUUUGGACAGGCAGCAACUCAGCCAGCUUUUGGACAAGCAGCAACCCAGCCAUCCUUUGGACAGGCAACAGCUCAGCCAGCCUUUGGACAAACAUCAGCUCAGCCAGCUUUUGGUCAAUCAACACCAGCCUCCCAAAGUGGUCUAAGUUUCGGCCAGACAUCCACGCCAGCUUCGACAGGUCUUAGUUUUGGUCAACCAGCAGCAGUUCAGCCAGUUGGUGGUGGCCUUUCUUUCGGCCAAACAACUACACCAGCUUCGACUGGCCUCAGUUUCGGUCAACCAACUACAACUUCGUCAACUGGAGGUUUCGGCUUCGGUCAGCCCUCUACAACAUCUACGGCUGGAGGUUUUGGAUCUUCAGUUGGUGGUGGUCUUUCAUUUGGUCAGCCAGCAACCACCGGGGCCACGGGAGGCUUUAGUUUCGGUCCGCCAGCCCCCACUGCUGUGGCAACACCGGCAACUGGAACCCUUAGCUUUGGUCAGCCUGCUGCAGUUGCAACUACGACGACUACCACACCUUUUAGUUUUAAUCAGCCAGCACCAACCGCCGCAACGACUUCAGCACCUCCAGCCUACAGUUUUACUACUCCAGCAUCCACAACAGGACUCAGUUUCGGGACGCCGGUCACUUCUGCCGCUACUCCGGCCGCUGGUGGAUUCUCGUUAGGGACCGCCUCAGUUUUACCAACACUUGGUCAACAGAGUGGAACGACUCCUUCUUUUGGAGCAGCUACUGCAACAGCUUCCGCUUUACCUUCAUUUGGUGCCCCAACAGCCACCAGUGCUGCUCAACCUACACUUUCUCUCGGCACAACAACGUCUACACCCUCAUUUGGAACGCAACAAACGGCAACCAGCAGUGCCGUACAACCUGCUCCAACACUCAGUUUCGGAUCAACCACAACCCCGACAACAGGCUUUUCAUUUGGAGCUCCAACAACGACCGCUGAUGCAACAAAAGUAGCUCCAACAGUUGCCCCAGCUACUACUGUUACCCCUGUUACAUCCACCACAGCCGUUUCUUCUGCGCCAUCCUUCAGUUUUGGAACAAUUCCGGCAACAACUGUCGCAGUGGCCCCAGCUACAACAACAUCCAUUGUCACCUCAACGUCAGCAACCCCAUCAAGCACCGCUAGUACACCUGCCGUUGGCGCUGCCCUGACUUUCCGUCAAUUAGAAGAGUCAAUUAACAAGUGGUCAGUUGAUCUGGAUGAACAAGAGAAAACUUUUUUAAAUCAAGCCAAUUCAGUAGCCUCUUGGGAUCGACUUUUAGUUUCAAACGGUGAAAAGAUUGUCGCAUUGAGUGACUCUGUGAACAGAGUCAAGAAAGAUCAAGUGCGUUUAGAGUCAGAAUUGGAUUUCGUCCGUGCCCAACAACGUGAACUUGAAGAGAUGCUCAUUCCGUUGGAAGAGAGCCUUCAGCAAGAAGUGAACAACAUGCCACACGAUACGGAGCGCGAUCACACAUAUCAGCUAGCGGAGAAUAUCGAUUCACAAAUGAGGCGAUUGGCCGACGACCUAAAAGAGAUUAUCGAAAGAAUGAAUGCGGCUAGCAGGCAGCACGAAGCGACAGCUGAUCCGAUUGCCAAAAUAGCGCGAAUUCUGAACGCUCAUACAGACUCCCUUCAAUGGGCAGAAUCCAGUUGUACAGCUCUGCAACGCAAACUUGACGAUGUAGGACGUGGACUUGAACAGCAGCGCAGAGACCAAGAUCGUUCUUUCCGUUUUGCCUAACUUUGCGAACAAGUAGCGUUUCUUUUCCUUUUGGGCUCUUAAAACUAUCGAUUUCUGAUGGAAGUUCGUAAGAACUAAAAUAUACAUUGCUAAGUAUA